GCUGUACUUAAUUUCCUGUUAAUGUCGCCGGUUCCACAUCAUCAGUAAAUUACCUGACAUAUUUACAGAAAUGCAUAUUAUGAGACGAGACAAGAAGGAGGAAGAAGAGGGUGGGGGAAAUCCUUUCCACAAUUUGGAGAAGACCUCAGUUCUUCAAGAGGCUAGAACAUUUAAUGAGACACCGAUCAAUGCGAGGAAAUGCAGUCAUAUUCUGACCAAGGUUCUCUACCUUAUAAACCAGGGAGAGCAGAUUGGAUCUACAGAGGCAACAGAAACUUUCUUUGCCAUGACAAAGUUGUUCCAAGCCAAAGAUCCUAUUUUGCGAAGAUUGAUGUACUUGGGUAUAAAAGAGAUGUCCAAGAUUGCCCAGGAUGUGAUCAUUGUGACCAGCAGUUUGAUGAAAGAUAUGACAGGAAAGGAUGACCAGUUUAGGGGACCAGCUAUCCGGGCUCUCUGUUCAAUCACAGAUAAUACCAUGUUACAGAGCAUUGAGCGUUACAUGAAGCAGGCCAUUGUGGACAAGAACCACGCUGUAUCCAGUGCUGCACUGGUCUCAUCUCUGCAUUUGAGUAAAGGGAGUUCUGAAGUGGUCAAGCGGUGGGUGAACGAGGCCCAGGAGGCAGUGUCCAGCGACAAUGUGAUGGUCCAGUACCAUGCCCUGGGUCUGCUCUAUCACAUCAGGAAGUACGACCGUCUGGCCGUCACCAAACUGGUCAGCAAGUUCAGUAAACACUCCCUCAAGUCACCAUUUGCUUACUGCUUGCUGAUUCGUAUUGCCAGCAAGUUAAUGGAAGAAGAAGGAGCUGGAACGGACAGCCCAAUGUUUGACUUCAUUGAGAACUGCCUUCGACACAAGAGUGAGAUUGUGAUUUAUGAGGCGGCUCACGCCAUCGUCAAUCUGAAGAACACAUCCGCCAAGGAGCUGGCCUCUGCAAUCCCUGUGCUUCAGCUGUUCUGUAGCUCCCCAAAACCUACUCUCAGGUUUGCUGCCAUCAGGACCCUGAACAAGGUUGCUAUGAAGCACCCAGCGGCAGUGACGGCCUGUAACAUGGAGCUGGAGAAUCUGAUCACAGACUCCAACAGGAGUAUCGCUACCCUGGCCAUCACCACUCUACUCAAGACUGGAAAUGAGAGCAGUGUUGACAGAUUGAUGAAGCAGAUCUCCAGUUUUAUGAAUGAGAUUUCUGACGAGUUCAAGAUAGUGGUUGUACAGGCCAUACAGUCACUCUGUCUGAAGUUCCCAAGAAAGCACAAUGUGUUGAUGAACUUUUUGUCUUCUAUGCUGAGAGAUGAGGGAGGAUUUGAGUACAAAAGAGCCAUCUGUGAUAGCAUCAUCAUAAUCAUAGAGGAGAAUGCAGAUGCCAAAGAAGCAGGAUUGGCCCACCUUUGCGAGUUCAUUGAGGAUUGUGAACACACUGUCCUGGCCACAAGAAUUUUACAUCUGCUAGGAAGGGAGGGACCCAGAACCCCCACCCCAUCUAAAUACAUCCGCUUCAUCUACAACCGAGUCAUCCUGGAGCACGCCCCUGUCCGAGCAGCUGCUGUGUCUGCUCUGGCCAAGUUUGGAGCCCACUGUGAAGAACUGCUGCCCAGCUGUAUUGUUCUUUUGGAAAGAUGUUUAUUAGACACAGAUGAUGAAGUCAGAGACAGAGCCACAUUCUAUGUUCAUGUUCUCCAACAAAAACAGAAGGCUAUCAACUCUGCCUACAUCCUCAAUGGUCUACAGGUGUCUGUGGUGGGACUAGAGAGAGCGCUACACCACUACACACUGGAGCCCACAGAACAACCAUUUGACAUGAAGUCUGUGCCACUGGAGACUCAACCAAUGACUGAGCAAAAAGCAGUGCGAGAGCCUGGUGACACAGCUGCUCCUAAGUCCACAGAUAAAGUGGCAGCCUCUAGACAGGAUGUUUAUGCUGAACAACUGCGGGCCAUUCCUGAGUUUGCCAAUCUGGGUAACCUGUUCAAGUCGUCUAGCUUACCUGUUGAACUGACCGAGUCAGAGACAGAGUAUGUGGUGCAGUGCGUCAAACACACAUUCGGACGAUAUAUGGUGUUCCAGUUUGAUUGUACGAACACCCUGAACGACCAAGUCCUGGAGCGGGUGACGGUACAGAUGGACCCUGCAGAGGGAUUCGACGUCCUCAAAACCAUUCCCUGUCCCUCCCUGCCGUACAACAAACCGGGGACUACCUACACCCUGGUCAGGCUGCCAGAGGACGCACAGCUAGUGACUGGGACAUUUAGUUGUACCCUGAAGUUUAUAGUAAAGGACUGUGACCCCAACACUGGCGAGCCGGACGACGAGGGUUACGAGGACGAGUACGUCCUUGAGGAUGUAGAGGUCACUGUUGCCGACCACGUACAGCGAGUCAUGAAACCCAACUUCAGCGCCUCCUGGGAGGAGGUGGGGCCAGAGAAUGAGCUGGAGGAUACCUACGCUCUCUCCACAAUGAAGACACUCGAGGAUGCAGUUAAACAAAUCAUCCAGUUCAUGGGAAUGCAGCCAUGCGAAAGAUCAGACAAGAUUGCCGAGGGCAAGAGUUCCCACACCCUGUACCUGGCUGGGGUCUACAGGGGGGGUCAUGACGCCCUGGUGAGGGCCAAGUUAGCCCUGUCCAAUAACGGGGUCACCAUGCAGCUGACUGUCAGAUCUUCUGACCCUGACGCCUCUGAAGUCUUAGCCACCGCCAUUGGUUAACUUGUGACCAUAUUAUUUAUUCUAAUCAUUUUGGACAUUCAGAUGUGUUUUCAUGCAAUUAUGUGUUAAGUUGAUAUAUUUUUAACGGAACAUUUAAAUUUAAAAUUUAAAGAUGGACUUAUCUCUGAAGUUGGUGUUUUGUGUUGGGAGUAAAUGUAAUUGAUAUGUCAUAAUAAAUAUGUAAGCUUGACAA